AUUGUAUGCCAUCUUGGAGGAGUUUGGCUUGUGCUUUUCCCCUCCUUUGCCUUCCUCCUAUCAUCUCUCUGCCCUCGUCUCAUCCUUCUCCUACCAAUUCGUGAGGAUUCCGCUCCAUCAUCUCUCUUUCGUCCAAAAUGGUUGACUCGGUCGAGGCUAUUCAGGCGCCGAAGCCGGGGGAGGCGAUCUCCCCGGAGAUCUACUCCGCCUCGACGCGAGAGAACCAGAGGGAUGUCAACCCCGGCAGCGAGGAGAGUGUCCUAAAGAGCCCUAAGACUCCAAUCCUCGCGAGAAUUGUAUGGACAGAUGAGACGCACAAUUUGUAUCUGAGUUUCAUGGAAUCAUCUUUCGUUGAUCAGCUAUACAUCAACGAGAAUAGAUCAAAUGAUCUGCUUGGCUGCCUGCAUAUAGCAAUACGAAACCCCACCACAAAAGAUUUAGCUCUGGGUUCCAAUUUCCUCGUCUCUUGUCAGUUGAAGGUUCUGCAAAAAGGAUGCUGGCAGACGCAUAAUUUUGAUCCGAAAAGGAUUCGGUUUGAGAUCAAGAAUGAAAGCUGGCACUUGUUGGAAAAUCCAUGGAUCCAGCAUUUUACAUCAAGAAGCAGGCGACUGAACCAAAUGGAUUCCAAUGAGCUCACCAGUCGAGCAAGGCACUCUGGAAGACCGACAAGACCUAUACAACAGCAUCCUUUCUGCCCUCGUAAUUGGCAUCGACAUCCUCGAGGAGGCAAUGCAGAGGUCUCGGAUCAGAACUUCGUGGACAUGGAAUCCGAAGAAGAACACCGAACCAGAACAGCCAGGGCGAAACGAGCCAAAACUGAAAGCAACAGUUCCCUGCACCCACGCCGAUGAAGAUGGAUAAUGUAAUCAGGAAGAAGCGAAGCUAGAUGUGAGGACGGGGAAGAAGAAGAUUUGGAUUCUUGAGCCUGCAUUCAAGUGAGCAGCCUAAGUUUGUUCAGAUGUAUGAAGAAGUGGUGGACGAUUAAUCCUUCAUGUUCGGAUUAAGACUUUGACUUGUGGUGACUUAAUAGUCACGUUCAAUGAACAUUAAUGUAGGAAGCGGAAGAUAAAUCCUACCGCAAGGUUAAGUCCUCAGAUGCAUUUAGAAGGCUCCUCAAUCUCUUGUUCUGAAUUGAUGAUCGCUAAAUCCUUUCCCUUUGUUCUUGUU